AUAUAGUUCCAAGGGAAAAGUCCAGUGACAGAGCACCAUGGCUUCCGACAAAGGUCCUUCAGCUGGAGAUGCCACCUUAAGGAGGAGAAUCGAACCCUGGGAAUUUGAAGUCUUCUUUGACCCCAGAGAACUCCGUAAAGAGGCCUGCCUGCUCUAUGAAAUCCAGUGGGGCACAAGCCAUAAGAUCUGGCGAAACUCAGGCAAAAACACCUCCAACCAUGUGGAAAUCAAUUUUAUAGAAAAAUUUACUUCAGAAAGACAGUAUUGCCCAUCCAUCCACUGCUCCAUCACCUGGUUCCUGUCCUGGAGUCCGUGUUGGGAAUGCUCUGAGGCUAUUAGAGGAUUUUUGAGUCAACACCCUAGUGUGACUCUGGUUAUUUAUGUAGCACGACUUUUCUGGCAUAUGGAUCCACAAAACCGUCAAGGACUCAGAGACCUCAUUAACAGUGGUGUGACUAUCCAGAUUAUGAGAGUCCCAGAGUAUGAUCAUUGCUGGAGGAAUUUUGUCAACUACCCACCUGGGAAAGAAGAUCACUGGCCAAGAUACCCUGUGCUAUGGAUGAAGCUGUAUGCACUGGAACUCCACUGCAUAAUUCUAAGUCUCCCUCCCUGUUUAAGGAUUUCAAGACGUCAGAAUCAGCUUACAUUGUUCAGACUUACUCUUCAAAACUGCCAUUAUCAAAUGAUUCCACCCCAUAUCCUUUUAGCUACAGGGCUGAUACAAGUUCCUGUGACUUGGAAAUGAAUAGAAUGGUUCCUUGUGUACACUGUUUCUGUAGCAGACACUGAAGACCCACGGGAGAGUGAGUGCCACUAGAAUGUAGAAAAUUUCAGUUUGUGUUUCUAUAUACCAACAACAAAUUAUCUGAAAAAAGAAAUUUUUAAAAAU